AACUGUUUGGUUGUCACGAUGGCAAUGAAUGACAUGCGUGUUGAUUUCAAGUUGAUGGAGGGAGAUAUAUCUUCUAAAUAAAUGGACGCUGAGAGGCGAUGAAUUAUAGAGGAUGGGUCGGACAAAACAAUAGAUAAUUAAUCAGCGGAAAAGAAGAAAGUCAGACCGCAACCUUGCACUCUUGGAAUCAUAUCACCGCACGGGCACCUGCUGACUAAACACGCCCUCAGUUUGCAAGGGACCAAAUAUCGGCAUUACUGUGUUGGAAAUCGCCGAAAAUGAAAGCAUUUUUAAAAGGAGGUGAGGGCAUGUUAUGCCCAAUGGGACCUAAAGUGACAACUAUAGGAAGAGAAGGAUGUGAUAUUAUCAUUCAGAUGCCCGGAGUGGACGCUCAGCAUGCUGUUAUAGAAUUUCACGAUCAGGAGGAUUGCUGGGUAAUCCAGGACUUAAACACGGCACAGGGUACAUAUGUGAAUGACUGUCGGAUACAGAACGCCACGGUGCGGGUACAGACCGGCGAUAUUAUCAGAUUCGGUUACAAUGGCACUCCAUAUGAAUUUCAGCAUGAAAACACGAAUACAGAAUGUCCAGAUUUAAAAUCUGAUCCAGUGCAACAUUUUGCUGGGGUGCUGUAUCCCCCCGUGCAGCCCCGCCCAGGGUCGGCCUGGCCCCAGCCAAUCACCAUCUACGACCAGCAGCAGCAACAUCAGCAACAGCUGCACAGCACCACCAACCUGCCGUACCUUGCAACAUCCACAGCACCUCCAGCCUCGGUCACCUGGACAGGGACGACCCAGGUGCCACUGCCCCGCCCCCCACUCAGGUCACGCCCACUGUCAGCGGGGGCGUCGGCUGUAAGACGAGGACCAUGUGACAUGAGGUUCGCGGGCGUGACCGGGCCACCUGUUGGGGGUCCGUUGCCAAGGAGCACUUCAGGGGUGGGAUGGAUGGGGUCCACACAGUCAUCUAUCAACACACAGAGGAUGCAGCAAGCGCCGCCACCAACACCGCAGCAAGCACCCUGUCCUGAUCUGCUACAGCUGAUGCAGGAGAAGGAGCAAAAAAUUCUACAGUUGACAGAAGAAAACAGCCGACUGCGUGUAGGUGAAUUUGACGCCUACCGUAAAGAACAGCUGAUUCAACAGCUGCAACAGGAGAAUGGACAGCUGCAGAAUAAACUUCAUCAAGAGCCGUCCGUCAUCAUGGGCGGAGACGUAGAUGUCACUUCGAAGCUACUGGUGCUAGAGGCGGAGGUGAACGCCCGGAAGGACGAGGUCGCGUCACUCAAGGAACAGCUAAAUAACAUGAAAGGCGAUUCCGGUGAUAGUCACUACCAUCUUAGACAAGAGCUCAACGAGAAGGUGCGGGAACUGAACAAUGUCCGCAAUGAGUUGGAGAGGGUUAAGAAAGACAAAAACAUCACUUCGGGUUUAGUUACACAGAUGCAACGCGACAUGUCGAGUAAAAGAGUCUUUUGUCAAGAGGAGGAUGAGGAGGAGGAGGAUUCAUCGAUCAGCAAACUCACCCGAGAAAUUGAGAUGCUGAAAAAGGAGCUCCGCGACCGAGACGUCCAAGUGACCACGCUGAACAACAGGGUGUCCAAGUUGAAGGACACAUCGACGCCGGUCAGCCGGCCAGGUGAGGACAGAUCAGAUGUCAGGGAGAAGGAGCUGGUCAGCCUCAGACAGAAAUUCAAGGCUUCUGAGAACAAGGUGUCAGAACAACUCAACCUGAUUGGUUCUCUCCGAGAGGAGCUGGACAAGACGAAACAGAUGCUGUUUGAGUCCAAGGACGUCCAUCGUAAACUUCAAGGGGAAGUGGACGCGGCUAAAUCCCAGUUUGUUGACAUGCAGCGGACGGAGAGAGUGGUCAGGGUGGACAUGGAACAGUCUUCCAAGAGGUUGGAGAGGUUCCGGAACCGUGUGAUACAGGUCACGUUCUCCACACCUGGAAUCAAGGCGCCAGAAACUGAGAUCACUGACGAUGAGCUGAUCGAGACGAUGAAGAAACUCAUUGAUGAACGCACAAGUCUGACCAAUAAGAUUAAAGAUCUCAAGGAGCAGGUUCGAGUGGCGAGGAUUGGUUCAAGUGAACUGAUCGCCAAUGGCAACAAGCUUAAGGAAAAGUUGAUGGCUUCAGUGGAUCGCCUGAAGACAGAUGGCCGCCUGUCCGUGUCGUUACGGCAGGAGCUGACGGUGAUCCAGUCUCUGUCGACCGAGGAGGCACUUCUCUGGGUCCGUGAUCUGCUUGUCCGUGUCAUGACGGACGAACAGACGUGGGCGACAGACAUAGAGGAGGCGCUGGAGAAGUGUGGAGCCAACGUCAAACUGACUAAUGAUGCCCCGGGAUCACACAUCCAGAUGCUGUUUGCCAAGUGGGAGUCGGCCAUUGAUGAGAAGGAGCGCCUUGGGACGCAGCUGGCCGAGAUGGAGCAGAGCCACAAGGAGGAGAUGAAGCAGAAGCUAGACGCCCUCAAGGAGGAGAUGGGCAACAGGCUGGUGGAUGCCGUGGAGAAGGCGAGACUCGAGGAGGAAGAGAAAUUGAACCGUGCAAUCGAUAGUAUCACUGCCGUGGAAACCGAGAAAAGAGAAAUUGCUACUGACAUGGAGAAGAAGAAGGUGGAGGAGCUGGAGGCCAGCCUGGAGUCCAUGAGACAGUCUUUGACCUCGAAACAGGAAGAGGACAAGGAUAAACUGGAACAGGCGGCACAGGCGCUGGCCGAGAUGGCCUCCCUCAGGGCGCUGGAGUCCGAGCUCCGGGAACAGAUCGCCAAGCUGGACCAGGAGAAGACGGAGCAGGCUGCCAGGUUGGAGGAGGAGAAGGAGGAGACGAGGCAGAGAGGGCACGAUGAGGCGGAAUCGUUCAAGGAACAAGUUAAACAGCAUGCGGUCACCAUAUGCACGAUGGAGGAGAGGAUCGUGAAGCUGACCAAGAAGAAUAAAGAUUACCAGGACGAGGUAGAACAACUCAAGAAAGUAAUAACAGAAAUUGAACACAGGAUCUCUCAGCACAAACCAAGUCUUCCUCCAAAGCCUAAGGUUGUUAUCCAGAGAAACACGGAAGAACUUGCAGCAAUGGAACACCUUAUAUCUGUCCUCAGGAGGGAAAACGGUGAUCUCAAGAAGCAGUUCACAGAAUCUCAGGACGUGAUCAUGGGUCUUCGGCGCGACCUGGCGGGGGCGUCGGCCCGCCUGUCAGACAUCACCGGGGAGCUGAGUGAGACGCAGAAACAGGAGAUGGAGUACAAGAAGGAGCUGCUGGUGAAGAAGGAGAAGGACCUGACGGAGUCGCGGCAGCAGCUCGCCAAACUGUCGCAGAUUGUCGACAAACAGAAGGAGGAAAUUAAAAAGAUUGAAGAGGAGUUGAGCAAGGAGCAGUCGGUGUCCUCCAAGUUGCGGGCGGGGCUGGAGGAGAGGACGGAGAGGCUGAGGCAGCUUGAGACCCGGCUGAGCGAGGAGAAGGAGGAACAGAAGAAGCAGCUGGAGCUCCUCGACCAGGAGGGUCGCAUCACUUCAGAGUUGUCUGCUCUUGGUUCCCAAUGCCGCGGAGAGCGACACGAGCAGGUCAUCACGAGGCAGAGGGAAGCUCUGGCGGAACUCAGGCAAAGAGUCAAGGUCCUUGAGAGCGUCCGACCACCAUUGCCUUCCCAGGACCAGGCUCUCCAACAAGUGAUCUCACUCAAGAAGGAGUUGGCCGAGAUGAGGGUCAACCAGGCAAUAUCCGAGGACCGUGUCUUGCAGGGCGUGACCUCACUGGACCGCGAGAUCGGCAAGGCUCGGGGCCUCAUCACCCCUGCCAACGUGGAGGCAGACAUGGAGAGAAGUGCCCACAGGGAGACAAUGGAUGCCCUGGAGUGCAGUGAGACGACAUACAUGACGUUGCUGAGGGCGAUGGCGAGCUGUCUGGAGAUGGAGGCUAUCGACGGCCUCCGGCCGAUGGCGCACAUCCCGAGGGAUGAACGCGAACGUCUGACGAUGCAGCGGGAGUCGUCCUGUGAGAUCCUGGCACAGAAAAUAAAUAUCUUGAAGGAAAGGACAGCUCGGAAGGACGACCUCCUGCAAGGUUACGAGCGAGACCUCGCCAAACUCAGGCAAGCUCAGGAAACAGCCUCCAGCAAGACCCAGCAAGUACAUGCAAUGGAGAACGAUAUGCGAAUGCACUCCCAGGAAUCCGAGCUACUACGUGAGUCUCUCAAUCGAACACGAGACAGACUCAACCAAGAAAAACGACUGAAUACAGCUAUAAAACAGAAAAAGACAUUCCAUCUGGAGAAUGAGAGGGCCCACCUCAUGCCUCGACCCGGUUCAGCCAGGAAGACGGAGGAUCACAAGACUCAGGUUCGAAAACGAGCCCAGAAAGAUCUCCUUCAUCGCAAGAACUACGAGAUCUCCAUGUUAAAGCAAGAAUUGAACCACAAGGACCGAGAGAUGGUGGAGAAGGACAGGCGGAUGUACUCUAUAGAAUCAAGUCUGGGAAUUGAGAGUCCAGUUGAAGUGACAGAUUGCAUCCACUGAUUGAUGUCAUCCUAAACCUGUCAUUACUUCGUCAGUCUGAAUGGGAUGUUAAUUGUAUGAUGUUAACAACAUGGAAUCAACAGCUGUUGAUAAGGGUACUCCACAGUCAAUGACCUGUAACUGACAUCACUGAAAAUAUUAUCAUAAAUUAUAUAUCAAUAGAAAUAUCACUUCUAGAUGUUCUAUGAAAAUGGAAUUAUUUUUUUAUUUCUUUUAAGUCCUUUUUAAGUAUUUAAAUUAACCUGAAAAGGGAUUGUAAUGAAAUUAGAUCCAGAUUAAAAUAAGUCUGGUGAAAUAAAAGAACUGUGGGGGGGUGUUUCAACACAGAGUUGCCUCCCUUCCCAUACUGAUCCACUUUGAAAUCAGUCUAUGGAUUCAGUUGCAUAAAAUAAGAUUAUUGUGGCAUAUUUCCAAUCAGUGUUAGACUGGAAGCAAGGAUGAACUAUGAAACAAAACAGACAGCAUGUCUUGAUGACAUCACAUCAACAUGACGUCGUAGCGGGAACGAUGUCAUGUUGAUAUGAUGACAUCAUUUCUGCAACAAUUGAUAGGCAGAACCCAAUGAUGUCAUGUCAGCAUGAUGUCGUAGCGGGAACGAUGUCAUGUUGAUGUGAUGACAUCAUUUCUGCACCAAUUGAUGGGCAGAACCCAAUGAUGUCAUGUCAGCAUGAUGUCGUAGCGGGAACGAUGUCAUGUUGAUAUGAUGACAUCAUUUCUGCAACAAUUGAUGGGCAGAACCCCAUGAUGUCAUGUCAGCAUGACGUCAAAGCGGGCAUGACGCCAUGUGUACAUGACAUCCUGGGAAUGACAUCAUGAGACAAGUCAUGAUAGAUCUUUGUCCUGAAUCUCAUGAAUAUAGAACAAGCUGUCAUACAGAGUUGUGUCCCUUAGAUGGGCCAGGAUCUGCUGUUCUGAGUCCAAUUAAGGUUCAAACAGAUUGUAACGGUCAGUGCACUACAAUUUGUUACACAGAGUUGUGUCCCUUGCAUAUGCCAGGAAGUGCUGAUCUGAGUACGAAAACAAAGUUGUCACAAAGUAAAAAGAUGGAUCAUCAAUAUUUGAGAUCUUUAGAACCCUUUAAUAUCAAACUUUGAUGGCCAUAUUUUGUCUCUUGUGUUCUGGUUUUACAAACAUAAAGUACAUAUAUGGACAAUAUUUUCAGACAUUUGUUUCAUAUUACGUAUUCAUGUGAUGUAACAUUUCAAAUAGUCAUUAGUUUGAUAUUCUUAAUCUGUGAUAUUAGACUGCAAAAAGAGUUCAGAUAUAAGCUAGAAUUGCUUUGUGUGUUUAUUCAGUUGCAAAAAUAGUUUUAAGCUCAAGAGUUUAGUCCACAAAUAAAAUGACUACAAAGAGCCUGUCGCUUACAGUAGAUGACACGCCAAUACUGCUCCACUGCAGAAAAUCUCUCUCAUGGCAUCAAAUAAUAUUAUCUCUUUGUGUUUUAUUUUCAUUUAAUAAUUGUUAUAGAUCUGAGGUAAACAUCUCAAGUGCAUUCUAGGUAACAAGUGCCUUUAUAAUAUAGUGUAUAAAUUGUACAAUAACUUGACCAUGUUAUAGUAUGUAUACCGUUAAUUUAUUCGUUGUAAUUAUGGUGAUUAGUUACUAUAUUCGUAUGUAGUACAUAGUGAGAGUUGUAAAUAGAAUAUACUUUAUUUGUUACUUUUAAUUUCAGCUUUUUCCCCUGUACAGCAAUUCCUUUUUAACAAUAUUUCUAUGAAUAUUUAUUCUAAUAUUACUGUUUCAAUUUUGAGACACAAUCUAACAUUUAUUGAAACAUUUUCAUGUGAAAUGAUGCAAUAAAAUAAGUUCAAUAUUCUUCAAAUUUAAUUAUUUCUACUUACUAUUUAAAUUCAGGAGUGUUUAAUUAUCAUUCCUGAAACAAGAGGGACAGAGGAAUCUUAUGUCUGAAUGACAUUUUUAGAUUAUUAUUUUUUGAAUUUCGUAGCAAACAAGUGUGUGGAAUAGAAAAUAGGACCCUGAGAAGUCAACUUAGAUGCUUUUAUUCUACAGCAAUAUCUAUUUUACUCAUAAAAGCAUGGUUUUAUUAAAAUGCUAUCCAUUGCACAUUAAUUAAAAAAUUAUGCACAAUAUAAUAUUGAUUUUAUAUUUAAUGACAUGGGCUGUAAGUAAUUGUUAUGCAGCAAUAAUUGGCCAUAUUGCCACAUAUUAUUCGACACUGAUUCAAUCUUGAUUGUGUCCUCAAGUUGGUCCAUGGAAGCACAUGUACCAUGUACCAUGUACCAUGUACCAUGAAUGUCCUUUCCACUGGUUUGUGGAAAGUCUGUCGCUUGGUAGCAAAGAUCUCAACAUUUAACCAGUGCAUGUAGAUAGGACGAGAAAAUAUAUCUAUCUAUCUAUUGAAGAACAUGUUUCUAUUGUUAUAGGAUAAGGAAUAAACAAGAUGAAAUAAA